GGAAUUCAAUACAAUUAAAGCUCAAACUCUAGAGGGGGAGAUAAACAAGAAUUAAAAAAUAAUUACACACUGUUUUAAAUGCUGGUAUAUAAGUCAUUACUAGGUACCAUAUUGGAAUAAUCUUCCUAUUGUGUAAAUCUGAUUCUAUUACUUCUCUGUUCAAAACCCUUCAUCUGUUACCCUUUGCCUACGGGAUAGAAUCCAGACUCCAGACAUGGUGUUACCCACCCAGCCUGUUCUUCUCCCAUUAUCUCUGAAGGACACUGACUCUAACACUCCUUUUCCCCGACCCUGUGUCUAUACAUGCACAGUUUCCUUUGCUGGAAAUGACUGUUCCUUUUCUGGUUUCAGCUCAAAUUUAGCCCUCCUGUGAAACCUUCUCUGAAUUUGGUUUGGCAGAGAAGUGGCUGAGGAGUCAGGAGUUAGUUUGUAAACUAGUUCUGUCACAUUCAAGCUGUGUAACUUUGGGUGGAUACCUAAACCCUGUGCUUGGCAUAUGGGGUUAUUGUUGUGAUGAUUAAGUGAAAUAACACAAAGCAUCCUACAAGAUACACGCAAUAAAUAUUAGAGCCUUUCCCUGACUACCCAUCAUUUGCUCACCUGCUGUUUCCUUGCAUUUUGUAUUACAUUGAAUUUAAAUUGUCCUGAAUAGUUGGUGGUUGUGUUCUCCUACCCUUAUCAGAUUGUAAACUCUGUGAGGGCAGGACUAUAUAUACAUUUUUAUAUACCUGGCAUAAUAAUUAGUAUAAUGCUUGAUUCAUGGUUAGUAUAUCAUAAACAUUACCAAAUUGUUCUGGGGCCAUAGAGGAAGUUGAGUCUAAGUCUGCCUAGUGUGUUGAGGAAACCUCCCCUUGAGUUGUAAUUCAUCUGAGUAUGAGUGGGUUGGGGAGGGGACAGGUAAUUCCAGGCAAACAGAAAGCAAGUACAAAGGCACAGAACUUGAAAAACGCAUAGGAAUUAAUUACUGAACACAAUUUCUGAAUUUGGAAAAAUAAAUAUUGAACACCUACCAUGCUCAUAUCUGAAAUCAAACUCAAUCUCAGUUGCCUGACCUGCUCCCCCACCAGCUUCCACAAUCUCAGGAAAUAGCCGUUGUACCAGCUCCCGAAAUGUGAGGAACUUGGAAAAAUUAUCUCCCUGCUAAAGAGUAUGAAUCAUUGCUUGUUUCUGCUGAACCAAGAAUUGGCAGUUCAUACCUUUUCUCUGUGCCCAUUCUGGUGUCUCAACUGGCAACAUUUUCCAUUGAUGCUAGAGAAGGAAAGAGGAGAACCUGGGACUAUUUCAGCGCCUAUAAAACUGCCAUGCUGGUGACUGUUCUUGCAAAAGUAGUACAACAUGCAGUAAAACUAGUGAAAUCACUUAACUUCCUUGUAACUUCACUUCCUCAUCUGUAGAACAAAAAAAAAUGGUAACUAUGUGACAUAUUUCUUAUGCAGAUCAAAUUGUGUAACAGAGAUGAAAGCACUCAAACUUUUAAGGACAUAAAGAGACAAGGAAAUAAUGCCAGCUUCAUCGGGUCCUAUUAUCUAUUAAAAAGUCAUGUAAAAUAAUCUGUCUUUCACAAUAAAAGAACUUCCACACCCAGCAGAUGUUUCUGCCCUCCUUCCAGGAUUCUGAUCCUGCAAAUAGGUGUUUCACAAUUGAGUCAGGAACUCUUGACAAUAUAUAAGGCAAGUGGCUGGGCAGACACCAGAAAGUCACUUCUUUUGCCUCCAUCUGACUGCCCUUAGCCUCUUCAGCAGCAUGAGAGUGACAGCCUUUGUCCUGCUCUUGGCCCUGGCACUUAUUGAUGUAGAAUGUGCCAGACAAGGUCAACAGGUUGAUUGUAGUAAGUUUAAAAAAUUACCACCAGGAGAAGAGAGACUGUGUUAUGAAAUAUAUAGACCAAUUUGUGGAUCUGAUGGCAAAACUUAUGCCAAUGAUUGCUUCUUUUGUUCCGAAGUUGAGAAAACAGACAACAAACUUAAAUUUGUACGUUUUGGGGCAUGUUGAAUCUAUCAUGUGAUUCCAUUCACAAGAGGCACAUUUCUUCUCCCAUUUAAUCUUGCCUCCAUUGUCUUGAUUUAGUUGUAGAAUAAAGUGGACCUAAAUGAAAUAAACAUA